CUGCUCGUUGGCUUUUUAUUUUUUGUUUUUUGUUUUUUUUAUGGGUGCUGAUCGUUCUGUACCACCAUCAGUCCAAAGAAGCAGAGUCCAGGAGAACAUUGCAUCACCCAUUGGAGGAGGUGGUUGAGGAUUGAGUGAGGACAGGACGUAAAGACCAAAAUAAAAUGCGCGCACCAGAAGACGGCAUUCUGGCGCGUCUGUCUGCAUGCACAAUGAGCUCAGCGCCUGUGUGGUGAGGACAUCGCAGCACCGGUGAAGAUGUUCUGCGCCAGGUUGAAGGAGCUGAAGAUAUCCGGAGAGUGUCCUUUCUCCAAAAGCGACCAGCAGCAGCAGCAGCAGCAGCAGCAGAAAGAGGAGAAGAGGGAGGAGGAGGAGCAGCGUGGAGAUGCCGGGGAGAGCUCGGUCGCGCACGGCAGGAGAAGUGCGCACGAACCCGCACAGAGGAGCAGCAGAGCCAAAGUCAACCUACAUACCCUCGGAGAGAGCAUUCGCAAACUGGCGUGUCCCCAGUUUCAGAGGCUGCACGUUGCCCUCCAAAGAAUGAUGAGGCAAAGCAAGGAAACGGAAAGCGUUGUAGUUUGUUGCAGAGACUGUAGAGAAGAACCAGAGCAUUUAAUGGAGAUGAUGCACACUCACUCAACUCGAACAGGUAUCCCGAUUGAAGCCUUGAGAGUGUCUCUCGGCGAGGAGCUCUUCCACACGUGCUACGAGGAGGAUGGCCACAUUUUGCGGGUGGUGGGGGGCGCGCUUCAUGACUUCCUCAACAGUUUCAACGUUCUCCUGAAGCAGAGCAGCGCGCCCCGAGCAGAAGGAGGGCAUUGUUUAAACGAAGCAUCCGUGCUGUGCUUAGACAAAGAUCCGGGUCUGCUUACUGUCUACUUCUUCAACCCCCGCCCCACCACCGAGCUCUUCUUCCCUGGGGUCAUCAAGGCAGCGGCCCGCCUGCUCUAUCACACCACCGUGGAUGUGCUGAUGGACCCCCCCGGCGCCAAAGACAGCAUUCUUCAAUCCAACCCCCAGCACAGUCUUCUAUACACUGUGAUUGUCAAGGGGGAUAAGAACCUGAGCCCAAGUCCACUGCGGGCGACCUCAGCUGGGACCCUCCCUACCGCUCUGUUUUCCACUAUCUUCCCCUUCCAUCUUAUCCUAGACCAGGACUUGGUUUUGGUGCAAAUCGGACACGGACUCAGGAAGAGACUGAGCAGGAAGGACGGCCUCAGGCGGGCUUCCACUUUCCAAGAACACUUCUCCAUCGCGUGCCCUCAGAUCAAGUGCACCUUUCAAGGCAUCCUGACCAUGCUCAACACCCAGUUUGUCCUUCGGAUCAAGCACGGGGUGUCCGGAGCUGACAACGUAGUAAAGCUCAUGGACCUCAAGGGCCAAAUGAUAUAUGUUUCCGAGUCCAAUGUGAUCUUGUUCCUGGGCUCGCCAUGUGUGGAUAAGCUGGAGGAGCUAACAGGCCGCGGCCUCUACUUGUCCGACAUCCCCAUUCAUAACGCGCUGCGUGACGUGGUCCUCGUCGGCGAGCAGGCUAAAGCACAGGACGGUCUGAAGAAACGUCUCGGCAAGGCCAAAGCUGCACUGGAGCAGGCCCACCAGGCACUUGAGGAAGAAAAAAAGAAGACCGUGGACCUCCUUUUCUCCAUCUUUCCCGGCACGGUAGCUCAGCAACUGUGGCAGGGCCAGACGGUUCAAGCCAAGAAUUUUGAGCGGGUCACCUUGCUAUUUUCUGACCUGGUGGGCUUCACCGCUGUUUGCUCGCUCUGCACGCCGAUGCAAGUGAUCACCAUGCUCAACGAGCUGUACACCAGGUUCGACCACCACUGUGGGGAGCUUGAUGUUUACAAGGUGGAGACCAUUGGGGAUGCAUAUUGUGUAGCUGGUGGCCUACAUAAGGAGAGUGACACUCAUGCGGUCCAGAUUGCACUAAUGGCCUUAAAGAUGAUGGAGCUUUCUGACGAAGUCAAGACUCCAACCGGAGAACCAAUACAGAUGCGUAUCGGCCUGCACACUGGAUCAGUACUGGCGGGGGUAGUCGGAGUCAAGAUGCCACGUUACUGCCUUUUCGGAAAUAACGUCACCCUGGCCAACAAGUUUGAGUCGUGCAGCCAACCUCGAAAAAUCAACAUCAGCCCGACGACGCACAGAUUGCUGAAGGAGCGUCCAGAGUUUGUUUUCAUUCCCAGGAGCAGGCAGGAGCUUCCGGCCAACUUCCCAGAGGACAUUCCUGGUAUUUGUUACUUUUUAGAAGCUUCCUUCAAAACUUCACAACUGACUCGGAAAUGAAGUCCAGCUGCUGCAGCGAGGCUCCUGUUGUUUCCUUACAAACACUCACAUCAGUGUUUCUAUAUUAGAGUUGUUCGGAUAUUGAUGUCGCUAAGUGUUUGUCUCGCUUGCGGUCAUUUCAAAUUACAAUGGACCCCCGCCAUUCACGAUGGAUAGGGACGAUGGAGCCGAUUGGGGAUGGCUAAUUUCCGCAAAUAAUUGACGCGUCCCUCAAAGU